AUGUCUGAAUACUGGAAAUCCACGCCCAAGUAUUGGUGCAAACAUUGUACCACCUAUGUCAAAGACACCUCUUUUGAGCGUAAACAACAUGAGAGUACUGCCAAACAUCAGAACAAUCUUAAACGCUUUCUCCGAGACAUCCAGAACGGCCAUGAACGCGCCGAGCGAGACAAACAACGGGCAAAGGCUGAAGUCGACCGAUUAAAAGGCACUUUUGGCUCAUCCUCCGAACUUGCAAAUUCUCCAAACUCGGCCCAACGGUCUGGCCUAGCCCCGACUAAGAACACAGGCUCAGUGCGCCCGUCAGCAGCCGAUCAAAAAAGACAAUGGGCGCAGCUUGCCGAUAUGGGCAUCAAAAUCCCUCAGCAAGCCCGCUCAGAGGUGGCUAUGGCGGGCGACUGGUCCGCCGUCUCCAACGACGUAACCACGACUGAUCACCAACAACGAGAAAAGCCUUUGAGCGUCGGAAUAAAAAAGCGGAAGCUCGAAGGCCAGGAAGAGGAUGUCACAGAAGGUGGCAGUUUUACUGGACGUGGAUGGGGCAACGCAACUAAGCGCUUUCCCGCGCGUGAUGGCACCGACUUGGACGAUUUGCUGUCCGGCCCAUUACUGAACGUGAUCAAGAAAGAUAAACAGGAAACCCAGGUGACAUCGAUACCUAGGGCGCCGGAGAAUCAGAUUGAACAGGCUGCGCAAGACCGAAUUGGAACCCAACCUGUCAAUGCCAACCAAGAUUUGGCCUCUGCCAACUUGGAGUGUCAAGAGAUCGACAAGGCAACGAAGGGCGAGGAUAAUCUCCUGGUCAAGAAAGAAGAGACAUAUGAUGCCCUAGCAGGGUCCACGGUGGACAACAUUCCAGAAGAAACACCAAUACCAGUGUUCAAACGCCGGAAAGCCAAGGUGUCAUGA